AAGAGUCACAAAUUGAAGACCGGUGAAUCUGGACAAGCCCAGGAGGCUUCGAAACACGCCAUGCAGCAGGUGUCAGGUACUCACACCCACGACUCUUUUUCUCACGUAACCCAUACGACAGGACUGGUGCUGGCAAGUUCUGAGAUGCGAAGAUGGCUCGAGUUUGACUCAAGCCUGCCUCUGAGUCACCGCUGCAUGCCCGCGGCACCACAUAAGACAGCCAGGCCAGCGCACGACCAUAGCAGAGGGUGAUCUUGUCGCUGCAGCCAUUUCUAUUGCAAAGACCUGCGUCAGCAGUGGCGAGUCAAGCUAGCUUUUCACGAGGUCGUGGUGCCGGACGCUACCACAAACGAUUCUUGGAAUGUCGAAUAUUGCGAAUGCAUCCAUCACACAAACCGCAAGCCGGAACGAUGUGGGGAGCGUGGAGGUCGACCAAUGGGAGAAGGUGCUUUGGAAGACACAGCCCUUUCCCGACUCUUACGUGCCAUCCAGCUUUCUGUCGGGCUUGCGACGGCAAACUCCGCAGCACAUCAAAUUACGGUCUCUCGUGGUGGACGCCCUACCGAUCACUCAGCAGCUGGCAACGAUUCUGAUUUUCGUAGGCUUGUAUGCGCAUCUGCUACUCGGUAACAUCGGUCCAUUGCUUCUAUCGGGCACAGCUCUUUUCGUCAUGCUCGCGAGCCCAGCGCAAAAUCGCUUGAUGCGACGGCCACCUCAUUCAGCAUCACACAGUCCAUCAAAUCCCGACGCAGAGCCUUCACCAACGUUGCACGCGCAAGUGACUUCUCCACCUGCAAGUAUCAAGGGCAGCGGUGCUCGGGGAGUAGCUCGAGUGGUCUUGGCUCUCCUUUUGCUAUCGCUUUCCCCCAUUCUUCGCUCUCUCAGCGAGAGCACCUCAAGCGACAGCAUCUGGGCCCUCUCAGCGACGCUCUUCUUCGGACAUUUUGCCUUGGCUCCAUACGCUUCAGGCAGCGCUCAUGGAAUUUUGGACGCUUCGAGUCACAGCUCGCAGGUCGCUCCAGUACGCUACGCUGUUAGCGUGAACGCAGCCAUCGCUGCGAGCGUCGUUCUUUCUUCUCGCCUCGUCCGUCCCUCUUCUGUAUUCUCAUUGUUGCUGCUGUCCUGUGUGCUGUUCUCUCCUUCCACAAACACGCCUUUUCCGGCAGCAGACCAGGUCGCGCAGCGCUCACGCGUCUCUAGAGCUGUAUGUCUGUGCGCAGCAUCCAUAGCCAUCCUCGCCCCAUUGAGCUACACAGCUGGUAUUGCCUGUGCACUUGUUCUCGGCGGAGUGGCCAUUCUCGCCCCAAUGGCGCUUGGCAUAGCUCAUCGAUCGGGCUGGCGAAAGCCUCUGCAUGGGCCGUGGGACCCGGCCAUUCCUAUCAUACGGACGCGAGCGAUACAAUAGCAUGAAUCUGACGACA